AUGGACGCCGCGUCGAUUGAGGAGCUCAACAAGGUCCGGCUGGCAAUGGGCAUGAAGCCCUUGCCGGUCCCGGGAGCAGCGCCACCACCCAAACAAGCAACUCCCGAAAUCGAACUGGGCGACGACGGGAAAGCAGUCAGCACCCUCGAUUCCCGCGAGGCCGCCUCCUACGAAAACUUCCGAAAAGCCCAGGAGGCCGAAGAAGCGAAGAAGAAACGCGAAGCGAAAGCAGCCGCCAUCAAGAAGGCGCGCGAACUGGCGCAGCGCACAGCGGUUGUUGCAGGCAAAGGCUUGGCUGACGACGACGACGAAGAAGUGGACGUCAAGUCAUGGCUGAAGAAUCAGAAGAAGCGCCAGAAGAAGAUUGAUGCUGCGCGGAAGACGGGGGAGGAGAGAGCUGCGGCCGAAGCCGAAACUGCUGAGCACACAGCCGCAGACUUGGCCGGCGUUAAGGUUGCGCAUGACAUGGCCAACUUCCUCGACGGCGAUAACCAAGUUCUUACUUUGAAAGAUACGGGAGUGCUGGAGAACGAGGACGAAGGAGACGAACUCGAGAAUCUCUCGUUGCGUGAACAGGAGAAGCUGCAGGAGAGACUUGACCUAAAAAAGAAGAGACCUGUUUACGACCCAAACGACGUCGACGAAACUGGCCAGAUUGGCUUAUUAUCAAAGUAUGACGAAGAGAUUUACGGAAAGAAGAAGACAGCUUUCACCUUGAACUCGGCCACGACCACAACCGAACUGGCUGAUAUCUUGGCGGCUCCGGCUCAAAAGAGAAAACACCAGGUGGUAGACCUCGACGUACUUGGUCAGUUUUUCCAAAUUGCAUCGCAGGAUACCGCGCCCGUACUAACUGGUGCCGUAGAAGAUGCACCCGCACCCACGUCAGAUUACCUCGAUCUAUCGGAAGUCAAGGUUAAGAAGCCCAAAAAGAAAAAGUCAAAAUCAACACGGCGAAAGCGAGAUGAUGAUGAGGAUGCUUUGUUCCCCGGCGAUACAGCGGACGGUGACGAGCCCACGCAAGACAUGGACAUUGACUCGGGUGCUGCCGUUUUCACUAAGAAGCGGAAGAUAGUGGAUGACAGUUUUGUGGACGACGAGGACUUGCAGGCAACCCUGGCGCUCCAAAGACGGGAAGCGCUGAAGAAGCGCAAGAAGACGCGACCGGAGGACAUUGCAAGACAAGUUCGCGAAUCAACCGAGAACCAGGAAGGUGAGAGUCAAGAAGACAAGGGUAUCGUCAUGGACGAGAUCAGCCGAUUUGUCGAUGGCCUGCGCCAUGAACCAGAGGAAGAGCGCAAGCCGCGCAAACCCAAACCCGAAUCAGGAGUCACGGCCAUGGAGCAGGAUGAGUCCUCGGGGGACGAAGAAAUGCACGACGUCGACCAACCCCGCGAAGCCACACCCAUCGCUGAGGCCCCUACCACCGGCGUCGAAGAAGAAAAGACGGUUGGCCAGGGAAUGGGUGCCACCCUCUCGCUGCUUCGCGACCGACAGCUCAUCGAAGAAGGCAGGGGCGCCGAGAUCAACGAGAAAUUCCGCCAGCGGCAGCGCUUCCUCAACGAGCUGCACCGGCGCAUGGACCUGUUCGACCAGGACACGCGCGCCCAGCGCGAGCGCGACCGCACCAGCGGCCGCCUCGACCGCAUGUCGGCGCGCGAGAAGGAGGACUGGCAGCGCCAGCAGAACACGAUGCGCGACCAGCACCAGUCGCGCGUCAUGGACCAACUCUUCCGGGAAGGCUACCGCCCGGACGUCGAGCUCAAGUAUGUGGACGGCGACGGCCGCAGCCUGGACGCGAAGGAGGCUUUCAAGGAGCUGUCCCACCAGUUCCACGGCAAGGGAUCCGGCAAGGGCAAGACGGAUAAGCGGCUGAAGAAGCUGGCUGAGGAGAAGCGGCGGAUGACGCAGAGUAUGCUGGAUGCCAGCCAGAAUGUGGGCAUGAGCUCGGCGGCGUCGCACCAGACCAAGAAGAGGAGGGAGGCCGGUGUGAGGUUGGCUUAG